AACCGUGGUUAUUAGCUGCUCUCGGCCCGAAAUAGCAGGGAACUGAUCGACUCAGUGUCUGUGAUGGUCUGUGUGGUCUGUGAUUGUCUGUGGUCCUGAGUCAGCGCUCACGGGCACGUCCGGGGCCGAUGCGGUGGGGAGAGAUGGCCGUUGGGCCUGGUGGCGCGCGUGAGCCUGGCGGUGAGGCGCCAGGAUGCAGCUGUCGUGUGAAGAUGAGGAGACGCGAGGGCAAGCGGCAGCAGUUCUAGGCGGGAGUGCAGCGUGGAAAAUCGAUGGGGUUAGAUGGGGUGAGGGCAAAGCGUCAGGUGGAUGGCCCAAUUCGCGGCGCAUGAGGGGCCAGGGCGCAGCUAGCUGGUUAGAGCUGGCGCCUCCGCCGGCCUGUCGUGUGCGGCCUCGCCAACGCCGACAAGGAGAUCUGGACGACGCCACAGCGCGGCCGCGAGGUGAGGGGAUGCCUGUUCUCGGUUGGCACCGCGGCGCUGAGCCAGCAGGAUUUCACCGCGCGCAUUCAUUUCACUUCGUGCAGCUGGCUGUCGCUAUUCACAUCCACAUCCACAUCCCGUCCAGAGUGUCCGCUGCACUGAGACACACCACAUACCGCAGCGCCGCGCUGACCUCAGGCGCAGCUUCCUGGCCCGUCCGCAGAUCCACAUCCAGCAACCGCAACCAGCACCCCUGUCACCAGCUCCAUACAUAUACAAAGGAACCCCCCGCGCCCGUGACGCUACGCUCAGCCUCCAGCUAUCGCCGAUACAAUUGUGCGUCGAGGCGCUUCUUUCACGCUAUUUAUUCCUAUUGCUCGCGACGAACAAAGACGCCGGUAUUCCGUGGUACCACUCGCUUCGGAACAAGCAAGCAAGCCACCACCGCAUACCGAAAUCCAUGUACCGCUUUCAUCCCGCGCCACUUCCCGCCGUACAAGAGCCACUCCGUCCGCGAGCAUACCCCUAAAUUCCUCAGCGUCAUCGUCGCACUGGUCCUCAGUUUCCUGGCCAACACCAUGGAUCCUCCUACAGAAACCCCGAACACCGCUCGGUCGCGCCGAACAGAGCGCUCGAGCGGUGCCCCGAAUUCGCAGUCCACUCCGCCGACCUACGGAUACCACAAUACCUUCCACACCCAUGCACAGCCCGUCCUAGAUUCUCCGCCUUCGUAUGCCUGCGCAACCAAUGUGCGGACCCUCAGCUGGCUGAAUGCCAAAGCUCACACCGAGGCCGUGGCCACCCGGAAAACAAAAACGCCUCCCGCAUAUUCGUGUACAGUGGAGAUUGAAGGAACCCUGGGGAUGAAGCAGGAGCUGACCUCCGUUUUCGACGUGUCCAGAUCGCGCGAGUGGCACGACGUGUACGUGGUGCUGCAAGGGACACAGCUCUGCAUUUACCGCAUCAAAACUCCUGGGAUUCUCAGCAAAGAUCGAGCUCCUGCUCCCGGGCGCCUUCUCAGGACCUUCACCCUGCAGCACGCAGAAGUCGGCGUGGCUUCGGAUUUCAAGAAGACAAAAUUGACUCCGAGGUCGCCCUUUGCACACCUGGUGCCAGUCUCUGCCCGCCAGAAGCUGUACGAAACGGAUCCGCAUCUCUUCGAGCCGAUUCGAGAACAUGCCCUGCGUCUGCGUCUGGAGACGGAGCAAUUUCUGCUCUGUGCCAACACCCAAGAGGAAAUGCUGAUGUGGGUAGAGACGCUGUGUGCAGCGGUUGAUAUCAGCCCACCCUUGGAAGACCGCAGCGAACCCCGUUAUCGGAGCCUGCCUAGACGCACCAGGCGGCAGCGUGUCCUUGACGGAUCACGACUCGGUGCAGAUUUUGAGAAUCUGUCAAACCUCGACAUUGGCCGACGCAUCAUUGCGGAGCAAGAGGAGAUUCUGCGUCAGCUCUAUCCUCACCUAGCAAAUGGAAAUGCGCAAGAAUCACAGCCAGGCCAUACUCCGCAGGGUGCGGAUCCUGAUCGCGAUGACUUCGACCCCGACGAUGUCCGUUUCCCUACGAGGCGACCUGUAAGCGGCUCCAUGAGCCGUACUGCGUCGCGGGAUGGCGAGACCAACGCAGAAGACCGGCCUUCGACUGGUGCCAGCAACUCCGAUCCGAAAGCUGCUCCUCUUGUUCGACCCAGCCGUUCCCAGGCACUCCGCUACCGACGCCGGUGCGCUCCCGUCCUGCUCGCCAGCUCUCCGAGGGUUAGCGAUGUUGUGUUCAGCGGCGGGAAACGCUUACGGAUCAACACGAAAGAGCAUAUCCUAGUCGAGUACACUUCACAUCCACCACGCUACGAAGCCCACAACUUCAAGGCAAAACGCGCGCCGGAAGGCACUUCAAGCGGGAACACACCGCAACCCACAUCCACCAAAGCUGUUCCAGCCCCAAUCAAUGUCGAGAGACCGACCUCACCAUUGCGUGGUAUCAGCGAUGAUUCUAUGGCAUUUGGCUAUGAUUUGGCUUCAACUUCUUCCGAGAACGCCGCAGAGGGUAUCCGCUCUGCUGCUCCUUCUGAGCCGCCUUCUCCAACUGCCGCCACCCAAGCCAAGGCAGAUGCUGCUCGCCAGCUCGCGAACAUGGGGAAGAGAAGGAACAGUGAGGAGAGCCGGGAAACCGGCCUGAGCGCAGUCGCUCUGGGCGUGGGCCUCCUAAUCUGAUCUGAUCUGAGAUCUAGGCCACUAUCCUCCCUAGACCAGAAUCUUCACCUCUUCCUAUAUUUCCUUCACUGCAUCUAUUUCCUAUGUUCUAGCACGGAUGGUAUCCAGCAUCCGUAUCGUCCUUUUACGAUACCCAGGAGAAGCAUUCAUAAAGGUGCGUUUAUAGCACUCUAGGCGUUCACUAUCUGAGCAUUUUCAACGAGCGCUUCGUCACAGCGCGGCGUUUUCACUUUCACCCUAUGAGAUACCCAUAUUUCUUCACGGACUUUACGGAAGAAGACUGUCACUGAGAUGACGGCAUAUGGAAUACGGAGAUAUGUGUAGAUCCAUGUACGAGAGUUGUAGGAGAUGGAAUACAUAAUUUCGCGAUCGAUCAACGGAUCGCCGCCAUCAUACUGAUGAUCCACGGAAUGUGGGUGACAUGCUUCUAAUACCG